CAUUCACUACUAACUAACGAACAAAUCAGUGUUAGUCUAAGUAGACGUAGGCAAAAUAUAAGUACGCGUUUUCUCAUAUUUUUCGCUGCUGCGUGUGUGUUGCGCAAAAAUGUUCUGGUAUUGCGAAAUUGGCAGCAGACAAAAGGCAUACACUAGAACAACAACAGUGACAGUUACAAUAAAAAGACAUUAGGAAACACAUGCGUUGCAUUGCAACGCAAAUUACGAAACCUUCACUUAGAAAUUAGAUUUAGGCCGUAGUUUAAGGAGCGCAACAGCAAUUAGUAUUGAGUUUCUGUGGGUUAACCUGUUGGAAGUUGGCAAAAGGAAAAGGUGCGUGAACAGCUGCGUCGGCUACGUGCGUGGGCGGCGGCGACGCUGUUGAAAACAAAAACGUAAUCGUACUAAAAAAAAGAAGAAAAAAAACUUGAAACCUAGCAACAACAAACUGAAACUUAAGUGAAUUGUAAACUGAGCUAAAACACGAUAUGGAAAUGCGCGAGGUGCUUAGUCGUGAGGGGCGCGAGGCAAAGAAUUUGCUCGUCUACCAGUUUUGCGACGAGACGACCACAAACAACAACAGCAAUGGCAAUUUGAGCGGAGGCGGAGGCGUUGGCAUCGAUGUCGUCGUCAAUGGCGACUGUUACCAGGCGUCUGCUGCUGGUUCCGCUUGCCGCAAGCCGCCCAUGGCACCGCCCAAGUCGCCAAAUGGCAUGCAAACGCCGAAAAAAUGCCAAUCGCCCACCAUUGCACGCACCAAGAGCAACAGCGGCAGCGGGGGUACGAACGGCAAAAAUGGAGGACCACGUGUGCGUAGCGCGUCCACGGGCCGAGACAAGAAGUCGGAGCUGCAGGCACGCUACUGGGCGCUGCUUUUUGGCAAUUUACAGCGCGCUGUCAACGAAAUUUAUCAGACUGUCGAGUGUUACGAAAACAUAUCUUCCUGCCAGGAGGCCAUACUGGUCCUCGAGAACUAUGUGCGUGACUUCAAGGCCUUGAGCGAGUGGUUCAAGGUAUCCUGGGACUAUGAGUCACGGCCCUUGCAGCAACGUCCACAGAGUCUGGCCUGGGAGGUGCGCAAAAGCAAUCCCACGCCACGCGUUCGCACGAAAAGCUUGUGCAGUCCCACAACUUCCGGCAAAUCUAGUCCGGCCCUAUACGUCUGCAAUUCGGGAAAGACUUCGCCCUGCUGUGAUGGAAAUGUGUCGCCAAAGAAAAUGUUGCGUGCGUACGAUCAAGUGCCAAAAGGAGCGAUGCGCGUCAAUGUACGUGAACUCUUCGCAGCCAGUAAACGUGCAGGACAAGGCUCAAGUUCGGAAACAUCAUUACAUCCGCCCAUGCUCGAGGCACCGCAGCCGGAGCUUAGUACAGACAAGCCCUAUGUGCAGCUAAACACGCAAUACUCGCAAACUGAUCUGGAGGACCCGCAUCUUACACUAGCCGAUGUACGUGAAAAGAUGCGCCUUGAGGCGGAAGAACGCGAAGCGGCCGCUGCAGCCGCCGCUGAAGCUGCUGCCUUAGAGGACCAGGGACAGAAUGUGGAAAUAAUGGUUGAGAAGCAGGAGCAAGUUGAACAAUUAGAGGCGAUUUCUGCAACUAAAGAACUACCAACAGUUGUUAUAAGCGAAACCGAGACAAAAAUUGAAGCUGUUGACGAACCUCCGCAAGAAAAGGUGAAUCUCCCUACACUAGCGGAGCCGGUAGUGCAGGAAGAGGAUGCUAAAGCUAGUCCAGCAUCAGAUAUAGAACCGAUUAAGGUGGAGCCUACAGCUGUCGAGCUGACUGUGGCACGUCUAGACGAGAUGGAGAACGCUCUGCUCGCACAACAGGCCAAAAAGGAGCCUACGCCGCCCACAACUGUGGUCAAGCCGGUCGCAGAGUUGUUCAAAAAACCACAACCCCUCGCACCACUCAGCACCAACAGCAAUAACACAGCUGCACAGAACAGUCCCUUAAAAUACUCCAGUGUGCUAAAUCGUCCUGCAACAUCGCGUGCAAACAACCAAAAGACAGGGCAACAGACCACUGCUACAACUACGCCUACUGCCAAUACUGUUAAGCCCACAACAGUCGCAGGCAAAGUGGCAGCGCCCGCCAUAAACGGCCUGCGCCGUACGGCGAACAAUAACAGCAACAAUAACAACAGUAACAGCAACCAAGUUAAGCCAGUAGCCGGACGCGUCGCACGCAACUCGGGUGGCUCCCAAGUGCAGCCCCCGCCACGUCCCUCGAGCAAAACCGAGUGCUAUGGACCACCUAAUAAUGUGGCCUCACGUCUCUCGGCCCGUUCACGCACAAUGCUGGACAUGAAUGGCAAUCCGCCCAGUGCCAACAAUGCCAGCCACGCAAAAUCACUGCCUAAACGUGCAACCACAACUCUGACCACCACUGCGCAGUCCCAAGCCACGCGCCGGGGAACCGCGGCGGUUGGGGCCAGCCUUAAGGGCAGCUCUCGCGAGGAUAUUGGCAGCUCCACAUCCACGCUGAAGGCCAGCAAUGAGCAGCUGGCCAGCUCACGGAGCACGCUUAAAUUGGACGAACGGCAUUCGGAGCCGAAGCAGCUAUCCUCGGACGCCAAUGAUGGGUGGCUGACAGUGAAGAAUAGACGACGAUCCAGCAUGCAUUGGGCCAAUCGCUUCAAUCAGCCCACUGGGUAUGCCAGUUUGCCAACGCUGACACUGCUCAACGAGCAGAAGGAGCAGGAGGAGAAGCAGAAGCAAGAAAAGGAGGAAAAAGAGAAGACGAUUGGGGCCAAACCCGCAGUUAAAUCGGCACCGGUUAAAACGGCAGAGACUAAACCUAAAAUAGCCAAGGCAGCUAAGCCUUCAGAGAAAGUGAAGCAAUUGGCUUCGGUCCCAGCACGUCCGGAAAUUAAGAAUGCAAAGGCCAAGGUGAACUCGUUUCUCAAAACGAGCAAUAAUAGCAACAAUGUGAAAAACGCAGAGAAAACCAAACCCAUGAUCUCCAAUGCCACACGCAGCACUAGCAGCUCAAACAACAACACCAACAGCACUGUAGAUAGUCGCGCAGCUACAAUCAAACGCCAGAAAUCGGAUCUGACUGGACUCAAGAUGACCUCGCUGCACAAAGAGUAUAUGAGAAGCGAGAAGAAUGCCUUGCGCAAGCAGCAGAAGGAGCACAAGCAGAGCUCCAAUAUCAGCUCGUCUUCGGAGACAGUCGUGGAUGCAGCCGUCAGCGAUGCAGAAGGUUAUGGAGACCAUAACAAAAUUGACAUUAAAAUACAAACGAACUGCGAGUUCUCUAAGACCAUAGGCGAGCUCUACGAAAGCAUUGCGCGUAGCAAGCUGCCCAAUGGUUGCGUCAAGGACUUGCAGCUCAGCGCUUGUGAUGAGAACGAUGAGCAAAAUGGCGAUGAUGGGGACGAGGAGCGCAAUGAGCGUAUGCUAGUGGAAGUGCAAGAGUCGCUGGAGCGACAAAUACGUGAGCUAGAAAGCACCGAGAUUGAUGUGGACACGGAAACCGAUGAGACCGAUUGCGAAGUGGUGCUGGAGGAUCACGAGGACAACGCAGAGCUGGCGAUUGAUGAUGCCUCAGCCGUAGUCUUUGUCACGAUGAGCGAUGAUGAAAACACUAGUUUAGAGCUGCGCUAUCAGGCCCUUCUCUCCGAGAUGUCCUGGAAUGAGCGUGCGGAGACGUUGGCCACGCUGCAGGCUUAUGUGGCACGUCAUCCGGGACGCGCCCAGGAGCUGCACCAGAAGCUUUCCUCGCCCUCUCGUCGUCGCUCACUGCAGGAAACACUGAAGAAAUAUCAAGCCAAACAGGCUCGCGCGCAACAGAAGCGCGACCUGCUUCAAAAAGAGAAAGCUGCCAAAUUGCAACAACUUUUUGCACGCGUCGAGGAUGUAAAGGCGGCCCAGAAGCAGUUGAUUGAGGACAAGCGUCAGAAAAUGGAGGGACGGUUGCAACGUGCCGCUGAAAAUCGGGAGCAAUAUUUACGCCAAAUUAUCGAGAAAGCUCAUGACGAGGAGAAGAAACUGAAGGAAAUUAAUUUUAUACGUAACAUAGAGGCGCAGAACAAACGUCUAGAUCUGCAGGAAUCCUGUAAGGAAACCGAGGGUCGACUGCAAGAUCUGGAACAGGAACGACAAAAGCGUGUGGAGGAAAAGGCAGCAAAAGAAGCGGCGGUGGAGAGACGCCGUCAGGCUCUAGAAAAAGAGCGCCUUUUAAAGCUAGAGAAAAUGAACGAGACGCGACUGGAGAAGGAACAGCGCAUAGGCAAGAUGCAGGAACAAAAGGAGCGUGAGCGUCAGGCGCUGGCCCGUGAGAAGGCACGAGAUCGCGAGGAGCGACGCUUUGCCCGCCAAGUGCAGCAACAGCAGACCACAGAGGAACUUCAGCGCAAAAUAGAGCAAAAACAAAAGGAAUCACAACGUCGCCACGAAGAGAAUAUUGAGCAGAUUAGACAGCGUGCCUUGGAGCUGACUAUACCCACACGUAAUACUGACGAGCAGCGCGGCGAUCAGGAGGAGGAUGAGGAACUCAGUGCCAAUGCUGCAGCUGUUACAAUCAACGAGGAUUGUGAUAUGUCUUCUACCCUGUCCGAUGUGGGCGGCAGUCGCGAGCACUCACGCAGCUUCAAAAAGAAGAUGAAGAAGCUGCGUCAACGCAUGUCCCAAUGUGCCGCUGAAUAUUUGGCUGGUUUGGAACCGCUACCAGCUCAUGUAAAGCGUGAUAGCAGUGUACCCAAGUUGCUGAAUCUGGUCAUUAAAGGUGGUGGGGCUCAGGGUCUUGAUCGCACGCUGGGCAAUCUGCUGCGAGUGAUACCCAAGGCCCAGACCGUGGACUUUCAAGCCUUUCUCAAUAUGGAUGGCCUAGGUAUAUUGGCUAGUCAUGUGAUAAGCAAAGGCCUGGACGAAAACUCUGAGAUCUCAAGGAAAUCUACCACAUUGGCCGUGCAGUUGUAUCGGAAUGCCUGCUCCGUGUGUCCACAAAUUGCUCGGCACGCCUUGUUGGGCAACUCCAUCACAAUAAUGUUCGAUGCCAUCGUCAAAAGUUUCCAGUUACCCGAAGAAAAAUCACCACAACAUCCGGUCGAGUUAUCCACCGAGCUAAUGCUGGCAUGCACCGAAGCGCUAUCAUCGAGCUACGUGAAGAAAAACACCCACCCUAAAGUACCGGAACGCCUACCGGACAUGAUAAACUAUGCGGUGAUCACGGGUUUGAUUGAAACGCUAUCGCGUCGUUGCGUGAAGGUGCGCGAGUCAAUUGAACAGAAUCAGAGCGUUAUGCUCAGUCUGCUGACCACGUUGGGCUUCCUGUCGCGUUUCAUUGAUGUCUGCCAGCCGGGUCCUGGCGAUCCUACGCGCCUCAUGAGUGCAGCCAAGUCUACCGAGCUCUUCGGCACCGUCUCUAUGCUUAAUGCCUGUGUUGUGCCAUUGGGUGAAUGCAUACCCCCUCGGACCAUCGCUCUGACGGCAUCCGCGUUUAAUCUCUACGUGUCACUUGCCUCGCUCGAUGUGGCCACAUUUCAGGAGGUGCUCAGCGCUGAGGGUGCCCUUUCGUUCAAGCUGCUCGAUGUGGUUACCAUAAUACUGAACUAUUGUGCGACGAGUGCGGAAGUGAUGGCGAAUAAUGAAAGCACGACCAUGCUCAUCGAUUUGAUAGCGACACUCGCCUUCUUCAGUCUGAACAAUCGCAAGCAUCAGGAGAUGCUCGUUUCGGAGCAGUUUGCCGUCAUCUUCAAGAGUCUGGCCAAGCUGUCGACUCAAUUCAAUCCGGUCAUCUAUCCAUUUUUGGUGACCAUUUGUUACAAUAAUGCGGCGGCACGUCAGGUGAUAUCACGUGAUUUCGAGAUAGGGUUUCUGGACGAGUACAGCAAAUCGGAUUCGGCCAAGCGGAAUCGCCUAAUACAGCUCAUGCACAACAGACAUAAAGGCAGUGGCAAUAGCAACAACAUCAAUACUACCAGCACUAAUAAUGGCAACAACAACGGCAACUAGGGCUGAGCUGAAACUCCAAACACAUCUGGAUUUGCAUGAUCGUGGCAAAGUGAUAUUAUUUUCAAAGAAAAUUAAAAAAAAAAAAAAACAAUACAAACAAACAUGAAAACACUUAAAACAUUCGCAAAGACAAACUGCUUAGAAUUUAACACAAAUAUUUAUGCUAAAAUAAUUUAUAAUGUCAAAAAAUAAUUUAUGCUAGUGACUAAAACUCAACUCAUAACAUUCGCAACAUUCGAACACAGAAGCAACAACAACUCGCAUAGUUUAUAAACAUCAUCAUAAUUUAUUAUUAAUGCAAAGUAUUAUUAUAAACUCAUUUGGCUAUAACUAACUUUUGUUAUAGCCAUUUCUCAUUAUGAAAAAUUCUCAGUCUCGAAUUUGUUGUACCUUAAUUAAUUUAUUUUAUUCGAUUUAAAAUCGCUCUUACUAAACGUUACACAUCAACAACAACAAUUUACGUAUUUUU